GAUUAUACCUUAAACCUCAAAACUGUCUUCUUCAUUUCUGCAACUUCUGCAGACAAUGCCUUCACCAAGUCCCACUGUUUCUCCAGGAAUCGACGAUAAUCCUCCCUGGGAUUCAUCAAUCAUUGCCUUAGUGGGAAUCGUGUGCAUGAUCUUUCUUCUGCUGAGCUACUACAAGCUUCUGCAGAGACAAUGCUGCGAAUUCAGAUCGGUAGUCUCUUCGUACAGAGGCCCGGGCCAAAUGCACCUCUUGGAUGAGCAGAACCGCGAGGAGCCUUCUUCUUCUUCUCUUGUGAGCUGUGGGCUCGACUCCUACGUCGUGCACGCCCUCCCCAUCACCCCGUUCCGAAAGGCGAAUCAAGAGAGGUCCUCGGAUUGCGCGGUUUGUCUGGGAGAAUUCGAGGAAGGUGAGUGGAUAAAACACCUGCCCAACUGCUCACAUGUGUUCCAUGUUUCCUGCAUUGACACUUGGUUUCAGACUCAUUCAAGCUGCCCACUUUGCAGAUCAUUUGUGUACUGCGUUAAAGUGCAGCAGCCUGAGUUUAGUUUCCCAUUUCUGGAGCCUCUUCCCAGAGAAGAAAUCCAUCGCCAGAGAUUAUCACACUACCAGAAUCUCCAGUCCCAAACACUGCAUAGUUCUUCACUAUGAUCUGAUUCUCCGAUAGCCUUUCUGUUGGGCGGAAACCUGAAGGGCCAAGUCCAGCACCUUGCCUUUUCAAAUGUGGUUCUUAGCACUAUGCAAGUACCAAGAAAAUAAAUUUGCGCAUUCGCUAAUAGUUAUAGUUUUGACAUAGUGAUAAGCAUUGAGAGCUGCAUAUGAAACCGUGUCGCUCUACAUUUGGGCCAACAAUAGGUUUCAUUAGGGAGUGUGGGUUCUUGGAUCUGAGAUCAUGAGAAGGAACAUCAAGAAACUAGAAUGCAGAUAGCAAGAAAUCAAUUCACUGCUGAAAUGUCAGUCAGAAAGAUAUCUUCAUCUUUCCUGUGAGGCUGGCUUCAAGAAUUGUUUCAUCACUUCAUGAAUGAUGGCUCUCUUUUUUUCCUUUUUCUUUUUCUUCUUUUUUAGCUAAACCAAGCCAAAUUUCCCCACUUAUUCACAAUUGUUUGUAUAUAUACAUGGAUUCUGAAAA